AAACUUGCCAAUUACCAUCCAAAAAUCCCAAAAAUCCCAAAAACCCAUGAAUUUUUCCUCUUCAAUAACAUCACUACCAAAAGCAAAUAUAACCAUUUUCCUUACCUUUACAAUGCAAUUCCUUACCAUCAUCAAUUUCACCACCAAAAACCCACCUCAAUUCUUCUCUCUCUCAAAAUUCACCCAAAAUUGAACCAAAUUUUUUCCCACCCACCAUUUUAAAAGACCUUAAAAUCAAAAUCCAAUAUCAACCCAAUUAAAAAUGGUACCUUUUAGCUCAACCCAGAAGCUGUUUCCUUUUAAAGGAUCAAUUCAUCGAACAGCGGCGUUUUCCCCGGAAACUUCUCCGGUGUUGAAAGUAAGAGAGAAAAAGUAUAAAACAAUGGAGGAAAUAUUGGCAAAGGCAAAAUAUGCUGUUGUAGAAAAAGAAGAUUACUCGAAUAUUAAUUGUGAAGAAUGUGGUUUAGGAGAAUUUGAAUGGGAACUGUUAUUGUGUGAUAAGUGUGAUAAAGGAUUUCAUAUGAGAUGUGUUAGACCCGUUGUGGUUCGGGUUCCUAUCGGAUCCUGGUUGUGCCCAAGUUGUUCCGGUCAGCCACGUGUAAGAAGUUUAUCACAAAAGAAGAUUAUAGACUUUUUUAAAAUUCAGAAGUGCAAGGGUAUUAAUAUCGAGUUUAAUCCUCCUUCACAAGAUUCCAAGAAGCGUCGAAGACGGAGCACAGCAGUUUGCUAUAAGAAGAAAAGGAGGAGAUUACUUCCAUAUUUCCCAACUGAAGACCCUGCUCGACGGCUGGAACAAAUGCGCUCUCUUGCUACAGCUUUGACUGCACUAAAGAUGGAAUUCAUCAACGAGCUUAUGUACUUGCCGGGGAUGGCUCCAAGAUCUGCUAAUCAGGCAGAAUUUGAAGAUGGGGGAAUGCAGGUGUUGUCCAAAGAGGAUCUUGAGACAGUAGAACAUUGCAGAGCUAUGUUCAGGAGAGGCGAAUGCCCACCCCUAUUGGUAGUUUAUGACUUAUGUGAAGGUUAUACUGUUCAGGCUGAUGCCCCAAUCAAAGAUAUGACAUUCAUAGCAGAAUACACCGGAGAUGUGGAUUACAUUAAAAACCGAGAGAAGGAUGAUUGUGAUAGUUUAAUGACCCUUCUCCUUGCCACAGAUCCAUCUAACAGUUUGGUCAUUUGUCCUGAUAAACGUGGAAAUAUUGCUCGAUUUAUCAAUGGCAUCAACAACCAUACUCCGGAAAGUAGGAAGAAACAAAAUCUUAAAUGUGUUAGGUACAAUGUGAACGGGGAAUGCUGCGUCUUUCUAGUUGCUACCCGUGACAUCGCCAAGGGGGAGAGGCUGUACUAUGACUAUAACGGGUACGAGCAUGAAUACCCGACUCAUCAUUUUGUUUGAAGUGCCGGUGAGGCUACCGUCUAACUACAACACAAUGACACCCUUAUUUGAGGGAACGGCUUUUUCAGGUUAUUUAUUUGAUUCACAAUCCAUAUCCAACAUUAUUUUUUCUUCACUUCUUUUUUUUUUUUUUUUUUUUCUUCUCUUAAAUCAUAGAUACUUCUGUUCCUCCUUUGUAUUAGCUAGUUAAUGAUUCAAUCCAGCCAAAUUAAGUUUAAUUUUCUAGGGUAUUAGAGGUGCAAUAUGUGGAUUAGAGAACUAUACCGCAGGAAUGAUUUCUUUUUUUAGGAUAAUUAUGUUUAUGAUGGAUGAUCAUGCUAAAACAUGAUGUGCAUGAUCAUCCUGAUUUUGAACCACAGGAAACAAUGAAAAUGAUUAACAUUUCAUGUUAACUUUUGUCCUCAGCUGUGCUUCUUCAUAUUCUUGGAUGUUCGUUAUCUUUAUUUUCUUUGCUUGGGCGUCUUUUUAUGUGAUCUCGAAAAGAAAAUCUUCUGAUGUAGAUGAAUCUAAAUUUAUGUGUCUGUUUGUUUGAACCUGUUAAAAAUUUUGUCAUAACAUAACGUGGACUACACAUCCUGAGCUGCAUAUAAGGUGGUAAUGCCAUCAUAAAUCUCCGAGCACAAUUUUACAUCCACUCUAAUAGGGUUUUUCAAAUGGUCUAUUGAGAGUGAACCCGUUGUAGUGACCUAUUUCUCUUCUGAGGCCUAGCUCAAAGGGCUCUUCCGAAACCUUUAGGCGUCGUCAAACAUUGCAGUUGAAGCAGGUGGUAUUGGUUGUUAUUGAUGUAGGGGAGUUAAAAUCUGAACAUUAGCUUAAAAUGUGUGAUAAGAAAAUGCCAUAAUACAUAAUAUUGGAUAUUGACACUAGCUGUUAGACUUUAACUAAGGAAUGUGUCAUGGAAUUUUGGUUUAAGGUAGAGCUAGAUUUGGCUGUUGCGUCUUGGUGCGUAGUUCAUAGUGUCAAUUUGAAUGGCAAUUGGAAAGCGUGGAAACUUCAACUUUUUGUCUCCUAGUCUAGGACUAAUGGGAUAUAUUUGACGGGGCAAAAGAUUUAUAGUUCUUUAGUUUCAGAUUAUAUAAUAAAUUAUAUUAAACUUAUCACAAAUUCUUGUGAGAAAAGGCCUCUUUGAGAAAUCUUCUAAUUGGGUCGACUAUAAAGGAAAAUGUUGAGUAAGAAACUCAAUGGACAUUAAGAAUAUUAUAAGUAGGCAUUUAAGAUAUUGUAAGUAAUGCACAGUUUCUCGGUGAGCAGUAAGGAUAUCAUAUGUAGGCAUUUAAAAUAUUGUAUGUAGGCAUUUAAGGAUGGUGUAAGUAGGCAUUAAUUACUGUACGUAGGCAUUUAAGGAUAAUGUAAGUAGGCAUUAAGGAUACGGUAGAUAGGCAUUAAGGAUGAUGUAAUUAGGCAUUUUAAGAUACUGUGAGUAAGCAUUAAAGAUACGGUAAAUAGACAUUAAGGAUAAUUUAAGUAGGC